AUGCAUCCCUUGUCAUUCAGACAUUCCUCUCUGCUGACAAGGGCUUGCUUGAAUGGUCGGACACUCUCCACUUUACCUGCCUCUACAUCGUUAGGCUGCCUACCCACGACGCACUCACCAACCGUGUCAAAGCUCGCGUUCUUCAAUUCUGUAACUGGUGAUAGCAGCAAGAUACCAAGUUAUCAAGUUCUCGAUGUGUUUGGCGUUCCGAUAGAAGGCGCUAAAGUGCCUGAGAUCAGUAAACAGUUCGCUUGGCGAUUAUAUGAACAUAUGCAGUUGCUUCCCACGCUGGAUGAUAUACUUUGCAGUGGUCAACGCCAAGGCAGGAUACCCUUCUACUCGCUGACCUCCUAUCUCAAGUAUGGAGAAGAGGCUACUGUAAUUGGCUCUGCUGCUGCACUUGCUGACGAUGACGAAGUAUUAUCACAGUACCGCGAAACAGGGGUGCUCUUGUGGCGUGGCUUCACUCUUGAUGGUAUCAUGGCGCAAGUUUUCGGAAAUCACGAAGAUUCUGGCAAAGGCCGCCAGAUAGCUGUGCACUACGGCUCCAAGCAGCACCAUUUCCACACCAUAUCUUCUCCGCUCGCAACUCAAAUAUCACAAGCUGCCGGAGUUGGAUUUGCACUUAAACGUGAUCCAGCGAGACGCUCCAAAAAUGUGGCAUGUGCGUUUUUCGGGGAAGGCGCAGCAUCAGAGGGAGAUUUCCAUGCUGGACUGCUCCUUGCUGCGACGCUGCCUUCGCCAACAUUGUUUCUGGCAAGAAACAACGGUUUUGCUAUCAGUACCCCGAACUCGCAACAAUUUUACGGCGAUGGUAUCAGUGCAAGAGGCCCAGGUUAUGGUGUGGAUACGGUUCGUGUAGACGGAAAUGAUGUACUUGCAGUAAUGAACGCUGUCAAGGAGGCGCGAAGGCGGUGCUUGGAAAGUGGUCGGGCAGUUCUAGUGGAGAUGAUGACUUACAGGGUUGGUCAUCAUUCGACAUCGGACGACUCGUAUGUCUAUAGGGAGCGCCAGGAAGUUGAAGACAGAACAAAGAAUGACAACCCCAUCGCGCGAUUCCGCCUAUUCAUGGAAUCCCGGGGGUGGUGGAACGAGACAAAUGAGGAUGAGCUCGCGUUCCGUUUGAGACGUGAUGUGAUAAAGGCAUUCAAGCGCGCGGAGACUGUCAAAAAGCCUGACCUGAAGGACAUGUUCACUGAUGUAUACGCGGAAGAGCCCUGGAAUAUAAAGGAACAGCGGGAGGAGUUGAUGGCACUGCUCGAGAAAUAUGGACAAGUGUGGGAGCCAUGGCAAAAUGAACUCAGGACCCUCAAGAACGGAGGCAAGCCUGUAGAUUGA